GACGAGUAGCGGAAACAAACCAGUUAGACUCCGUCAUCACUAGGAAAACACGGCGUGAAUAGCAGUUAGGGUUCAUGUCACUCACUGUAAGCUAUUCAAAAAGAGGGCGAAAGGUGCGACAUCAGGAUCUUGUGGUUCUCUUGAUAAUAAAGGUUCUCUCUCUCUCUCUUUCUCUCUCGGCUGUUGCGCUCUUUCCCUCUCUCUGUAAAUGCUAUCGUCUGUUCAAAUUCCAUAGUCGCCCAGCCGGCUGCACUUACUUUCAUACGCUAUAAACGUUGGCUGGGUCUGAAAAUGAAAUUUUGAUGGGAAGAACGUUCUAAUGUCCUUCUGGGGAAUACAAGGGCGACACGACACUGUUUCAAGAUAGACAGAGGUGUCCUCACACGCGUAUUACAAUGGAUCUCUCAUUUAUGGCUGCGCAGUCGGUCAUGGCGGGGGCCUUCAUGGACUCACCCAAUGAUGACGACAGCACGGACCACUCACUUUUCAACUCCUCGGCCAGCGUCCACGCCGCCUCUAUGGCGGCCCAUGACCAGCCGGAGCGGGAGCCCAUGUCCCGCGACGCCAUCUGGCUUUGGAUUGCAAUCACCGCCACCAUAGGGAACAUUGUGGUCGUGGGAGUGGUGUACGCUUUCACUUUCUGAGUGGUGGAAGCCAUGAUGGAGACAUGCCAGCAGGAGGAAGCUUCUGGACAAGACAUUUGGACAUGAGAUAGGAACACCACAGCAGCCAACGGCCACUCUCAAGGCUACACUGUUACAGAACAGUGAAUGAUUCUUGCAUUGGCAUCUUGUCCAAGCAUUUGAAAGACAAGGCAUUGUUCACAAUUACAGAAAUUAAUAUGUGUAAUAAGUUGGUCAUGUUACUGCAGCCAAAGGUCAACAUAUGGAAUAUUGUAUACAUUAGUGCUGUUAUAGUGAACAGUGAUGUACUCUGAAUACCCUCAGAUGUCAUUGGUCAAUUCUGAAAUCAUUGGACGUAAAAUAUUCAGAUAAUAAAACCUUAGUAAUGUGCUGUUUGGAGCGUUUAGAGAUCAUUGUAUGGAAAGUAACACUGGUAAGUUUCAGCAUGUCUUUAACAUCACAGUCGUUACUGUAUUCUACAUCUAUCUGCCCGAAAUAUGAAGUUUAUGACAAACAUACUAGACACAGAAUGUCUAAGGAUCUUUACUGUCUGCAUGACAAUAUAGUUCACCUGACAGUAUCAGUUUUGGAUUAAGUUAAUCUAGUUCUCCGCUUUUCUCUUAUUUUUUGCCUCAGUGAGCCUUGAGUGCUGAAUAGACAAUCUUUUCCCAGCAUAUUUAUAUCUAAGAUGGUAUGGGUAACCUAAAUCUAUUUCUCUUAAACACCCCUAUCAGACCUCAAACCCAUAUGAGCGGGAACUACAAUUUAUAGGAAUGGAUGUUCACCUUGAACACUUUUCACAGAUGUUUACUUGUGGAAACAACAUUUCUCACACUUAGAAGUCACUUGGAUUCAAGUCUAGUGUACAUACAUCUUGAUGUGACUGCUGUAACCAUUUCAAUGUCGGUCUUGAUGUAUAUUUUGAUCGAGUAUUAUCUUUCUUCCUCUUUAUAGUCUCAAAACACAUUGUAACCAAAACUGCCUUCCAAGCCAAAUAGUUUUAAUGAGCCCUGGAUGUGACAAUAGCCAGUUGCCAUAGCGAUGCAUCUCUGUCGCUAUGUGCCUCAAGGAUACCAUGUCUCUCGAUCCCAGUGCAGCACACCUGUUUAUCUCUCUCUAAACUCCCUAGCACAUCUACCCAACAGACUCUCUCACACACACACACACACACACACACACACACACACACACAGGCUCUUUACAUGUGGACAUCGAUCACAUCAUACAUUAGCUGAUAAUGUUAUAGACUAAGAGUCAACUUAGAUAACAUAGGUUGAAUGAUACUCAACUAUUUGAGCUCUAAAGCUCAUAUAUGUAUUCUACUGCUGGUUGCCCUUAGAUACCAUAAGCAUUUCAUAUUGUCUCCAACCCUGUUCCAGGAGAGCUACCCUCCUGUAGGUGUUCUCUCCAAUCCUGUUCCUGGAGAGCUACCCUCCUUUAGGUGUUCUCUCCAACCCUGUUACUGGAGAGCUACCCUCCUGUAGGUGUUCUCUCCAACCCUGCUCCGUGAGAGCUACCCUUCUGUAGGUGUUCUCUCCAACCCUGUUCCUGGAGAGCUACCCUUCUGUAGGUGUUCUCUCCAACCCUGUUCCUGGAGAGCUACCCUCCUCUAGGUGUUCUCUCCAACCCUGUUCCUGG